UUCGAAGAUCAAAGACAUUUCACAUUAAACUCGGAACCAUGAAAUUUAUGAUCAAAGUCAGACCAGUUACUUUUAAGUACGAGGUAUAAAUGAACAGUCAGAAUUUUGGUUUUACAGUCACACGUCAAAGACCAAAGUCAGACCACUGAGUUCAAAUGAAGAAGUUUGAAAGUGAUUAAUCAGAUUAAUAAUGAGAAAUGCACAUGAACGCGGCGCCAAGUCGUAAUUACGAGUGGGAAACUCUGAGAUAACUUUGAUACCCGAAGUCCCGAGUUCGGGCGACCUUAACCUUUCAACAUGGCGGAGAAGAGGACAGAUUCAGUGAUGAAUGAAAUGAAGGGCGUGUCCCAGGUUCCAGUCCUGCCCGCGAUAAGGGGCACCCUGCAGCAGGUCGAGCGGUUCUCGGCGGCCGAGGAGGACUUAUCCGAGAGGGCGAUGGUCCACAAGAUGCUGCUGAGUCACAGGAGGAGCAAGACGCAGCAGAAGCAACUCCACAUGGCAUCGGUGUCAAGGGCAAGGGGAACUGCCAGACAGGGCACAGAGAGGGGAGCAGCACGCAGUCUGUCACCAGAGCCACAGUUUCCACCUUCUAUGUUUAGUGAGAAGCGGAGGUGUAAGAUGAACUACGAGUUCCUGAAGCAGUGUGUGGAGAGCCGCCCGUACUCUCCGAUCCAGCAGCAGUGGUUGGACUCCAUUGUUUCUCGAGUCCCACAAAAUCUUAAAGAGAGCCCCGAGACGACUAAACUGCUACAGGAGCUCUGCAUGGAAGUCAGCAACGAGUACCACAAUGUCAUUGUCAAGCACACAGUGGACACAAUACUAGAGGAUCCAGAGAGAAAGGGACCUGUCCCAGAAAAACAGACUGCUACCCAGACAGAAAUUCUGGAUAUCACCCAGCAUUGGCAGGGCAGCUUUAUCAGAAGCUGUAUGAAGAUAAAAACAAAUUUACACAUCCUUCAUCCGGUAAUGCAAACUGUUUUGGAUAUUGGCUACACAACAUUUUCUACACUGGUCCUAGUUGAUCUUUCAGGAUGCAGGGCUUCAGGACCCAUGGACUGUCAGAGCCUACAGAACAAAAUGGCUGUGGAGUGUAAGAGGACAGAAGAUCGUAUCAUGAAUACCUGGUUUCCCAAAGUCAUCCACUUACUAUCCAGCAAAGAAACUCUUAAAGGAGUUCGAGAGGAGAAAUUGGACUCCUUCUAUGACUGUGCAUCCACGCUCAUCUCCAAUCAGUUGAAAUCCAUGCUCCAGAAAAGUAUAGAGGAGUUUGUCAGUCUGUUUGAGCCAAGCAAUCACCACCACUUGCCCCUCUUCUGUAUGGCUUUGACAUUUGAUGAUGAGAAGAUGGAAAUCUACCCCACCUUACAAGACCUGGAGGCGGCUGUUUUUGAGAUUCUUAACGCCAUCACAAACACACUGCAGAGAGUACAGACGGUCCAGUCAUGGUUGACACAAGCCAUAUCUUCAUUUGUCGAUGCUAAGGUGGCUGAUCACAUCCUUGCCUGGGCUCAGGCCACUUUAAAGUCAGCUGUGUGGAAGAAUCUUGAAGAACCCGACAAACAUUUCCAGAGUUAUGUUGACAACUACGACUGGCUAGUCAAUGGAACUGCACAGGCUCAGGUAGAGACGUUCAUGGGAGAGGAGCACUCUUUUGAUGAGUACACUAAGCAAGUGGAGGACUUCCAUGCUCUGUCCAAAGAGAUUAUCAGCCUCCCAGCUAAAGUUCACUUCACAAUGGUCCAUCUGGACUGUGAGGAGCUGAAACAAGGGCUGGCUCUCAAAGCCAAAACCUAUGCUGACCUAUUUCUGAAGAAAGUGAUCAACCGCCACCAUGAGCAGAAUCUACAGAUCUGCUCUGAAUUUGAAACCAUCGGAGAGAAAGCUCUGAAAGUACCAGAGAAUACAGAGGACAUGACGCAGAUGCUUGAUUUCAUACAGUUCACAAAGACAGAGGGUAUUGCAGAACUGAAUGAAAAAAUAAAGGAAGCCUACCACAGACUGAUCUACCUCUUGGAUGUCCACAUCUUUGAGCCAGAGGAUCUGGAGCUUAAUUCAACCGUCUUUCUCUGGCCCCAAAAAAUUCUCCAAACCUUCGAGCUGAAUGAUGAGGUUAUGCAGACGGCAAAGGAGAAAGGGGAGCAGGAGCUGCUUGCUAAAAGAGAAGAAUUAAUGGUACAGCUGGAGAAGUUGGGAAGCAGAAUAAAGGAGUUCCCACAUUGCUCUGAGCUGGAUAUGAUUCAGCAGUAUGUCACAGAUAUGAGAACGGUUCAGAAACUUCUCCAGGAAGCUGAGGAGGAAGUCAUCUUCAUUAACAAAGAAGAGACAUUCUUUGAAUUGGACCACACCUCUUACCCAGAAGUUGAAGUCAUCAAAGAGAGCAUUGUACCGUACCAGAAGCUGUUUGGACUUGCACUAAAGUGGCAGCGCACACAGAAAAGCUGGAUGGAUGGAUCCUUCCAAGACCUCGAUGGUGAGAGCAUGGAAGUGGAACUGGAUGAGUUCUUUAGGGAGAUCUUCAAGAUGCUGAAGUUUUUCCAACAGAAACAGAAUAAGGCGCAAGAGACCUCUAGAAGGAAGAAGGAAAGCCCCACAAUAAUUUUGUGUUCCGCUGUAAUGGAGCAGGUCAAAGAGUUCAAGGACAAUAUCCCUGUCGUGUCCACCUUGUGUAACCCAGGCAUCAGACCACGCCACUGGGACCAGAUGUCAAACAUAGUGGGGUAUGACCUCACCCCUGACUCUGGAACGACACUUCGCAAAGUUCUCAAACAAGACCUCGCUCCUUACUUGGAAGAGUUUGAGUCUCUCAGUGCUGCUGCUAGUAAAGAGUUUUCCCUGGAGAAGGCAAUGCAAGGCAUGGUGCAUAUUUGGGACAGUGUUUCUUUCCACCACCAACCUUACAGGGAGACAGGAGUUUCUAUCCUGACUGGUGUGGAUGAGAUUCAGACAAUGCUAGAUGACCAGAUUGUGAAGACUCAGACUAUGAGGGGCUCACCGUUCAUCAAACCCUUUGAAGAUGAGAUCAAGACAUGGGAAGAGCGUCUGCUUCGCAUUCAGGAAACCAUAGACGAGUGGCUGAAGGUACAGGCCCAGUGGCUUUACCUGGAGCCCAUCUUCUCUUCUCAGGACAUCAUGCAACAGAUUCCGGAAGAGGGACGACUUUUCCAAACUGUUGACAAAAACUGGAAAGAAGUCAUGAGGCACUGCGUCAAGGAUCCUUUGAUUCUGGAAGCAACUUCCAUGCCUUGUUUGCUAGAAAAACUGCAAGAUUCUAACAUCCUCCUGGAUAGUAUCAUGAAAGGACUGAAUACCUACCUGGAGAAGAAACGUCUCUUUUUCCCACGGUUCUUCUUUCUGUCCAAUGAUGAAAUGCUGGAGAUUCUGUCUGAGACCAAAGACCCAUUGCGGGUGCAGCCCCAUCUGAAGAAGUGCUUUGAGGGAAUUUCCAAGCUAGACUUUCUACCCAAUCUGGAUAUCCAGGCCAUGUAUAGCAGUGAAGGGGAGCGUGUUCAGCUAAUCCAGAAUAUUUCCACGUCUGAAGCCAAAGGAGCCGUGGAGAAGUGGUUGGUGCAGGUGGAGGAUUUAAUGAUUCGUAGUGUCAGAGAUGUAGUUGCCCGGUCCAGGGUGGCUUAUGCUGAGACUGCGCGGAGCCAGUGGGUCAAGGAUUGGCCUGGGCAGGUGGUGCUUUGCUCCUCCCAGAUUUUCUGGACCUUGGAGGUGCAUGAGGCCAUCGGAGCUGGGGCAGAUGGUUUAAAGAACUACUAUCAGCAACUCCGGGAUCAGCUGAAUGACGUUGUGGGGCUAGUGAGAGGGAAACUGCCCAAACAAACACGGACCACGUUAGGAGCACUGGUCACAAUCGAUGUCCAUGCCAGGGAUGUGGUCAUGGAGCUUAUUGAGAAAGGUGUAUCACAUGACACUGACUUUCAAUGGCUAGCCCAGCUGCGUUAUUACUGGAGCAACGAUAAUGUUCGUGUUCGCAUAAUCAACUGUGACGUCAAAUACGCCUAUGAGUACUUGGGGAACUCGCCACGUCUGGUCAUCACCCCUCUGACUGACAGAUGCUACCGCACCCUGAUUGGAGCUUUCUUCCUGAAUUUGGGCGGUGCACCCGAGGGUCCAGCUGGAACAGGAAAGACCGAAACCACCAAAGAUCUCGCCAAAGCUCUAGCUGUGCAGUGUGUGGUCUUCAACUGUUCUGACGGACUGGAUUACAUCGCUAUGGGCAAGUUUUUUAAAGGUCUGGCUUCAUCUGGUGCCUGGGCAUGCUUCGACGAGUUCAACCGUAUUGAGCUGGAGGUGCUGUCUGUAGUGGCCCAGCAGGUCCUCUGCAUCCAAAGGGCCGUCGAGCAGAAGUUGGAGUACUUUGACUUUGAAGGGACUAUGCUCAAACUCAAUCCCAACUGCUUCGUGUCCAUAACGAUGAACCCUGGCUAUGCAGGACGCUCGGAACUCCCUGACAAUCUCAAGGUGUUGUUUCGAACAGUGGCCAUGAUGGUCCCCAACUACGCACUCAUCGCAGAGAUCUCACUUUACUCGUUUGGCUUCCUCAAUGCCAAACCACUGUCCAUAAAGAUUGUGAUGACCUACAGGCUCUGUUCUGAGCAGCUCUCGUCCCAGUUCCACUACGAUUACGGCAUGAGAGCUGUCAAAGCCGUACUUGUGGCUGCAGGAAACCUCAAGCUUAAGUUUCCGGAUGAGAAUGAGGACAUUCUGCUCCUCAGGUCCAUAAAGGAUGUUAAUGAGCCCAAGUUUCUCUCCCACGAUAUUCCGCUAUUCAACGGGAUCACCAGUGAUUUGUUCCCAGGCAUCUCCCUCCCCGAGGCUGACUAUCAGCUGUUUCUGGAGGCUACUACAGAGUGUUGUAAAAAUCACAAUGUGCAGCCAACAGAGGUCUUCUUAACGAAGAUAAUUCAGACAUAUGAGAUGAUGAUAGUCAGGCAUGGGUUCAUGCUCGUGGGUGAGCCCUUUGCUGGAAAGACCAAAGUGCUACAUGUUCUAGCUGAAACACUGACCCUCUUGAAUGAGAGAGGCUAUGGUGAAGAGGAGAGGGUCAUCUUCAGGACAUUGAACCCAAAGUCCAUCACCAUGGGAGAGCUCUUCGGACAGUUUGAUCCAGUUUCCCACGAGUGGACAGAUGGGAUUGUGGCCAACACAUUUCGUGAAUUUGCAUCAGCUGAGACACCGGACCGUAAAUGGGUGGUGUUUGAUGGUCCUAUAGAUACACUUUGGAUUGAGAGCAUGAACACUGUGCUGGAUGACAACAAAAAGUUGUGCCUGAUGAGUGGUGAAAUCAUCCAGAUGUCCAACCAGAUGAAUCUGAUAUUUGAAGCAAUGGAUCUUUCACAGGCAUCUCCUGCCACAGUCAGUCGGUGUGGUAUGAUCUACAUGGAACCGUCUCAGUUGGGCUGGGAGCCCUUGGUAAUCUCCUGGACGAACUCUCUUCCUGAUCCUCUUCAGAGCCCAGACAACCGCUCGCUGCUGCUGGAGCUCUUCCAUUGGCUCCUGCCAGCCGCCCUCAGGACGCUGCGUAAAAACUGCAGAGAAGUCGUUUCCACCAGCAACAGUAACACUGCGGUGUCCUUGUGUCGACUGUUUGAGAUGCUGCUCACUGAACCUGUGAAGACAGAACCUGGGGAUGAAAUUAUUCGCACCUGGAUCUUGGCAGCUUUUGCCUUCUCCCUGGUGUGGUCAGUGGGCGGCAGCUGUGAUGCAGACAGCAGAGAGACCUUUAGUGAGUUCUUAAGAGCGACUGUCUCAGGACAAACAAAGGAAUGUCCAGUCCCUUCCACGGUGGGAAAAUGGGACUGUCCCAUGGAUGACAAAGGCCUGGUGUAUGACUAUUUUUAUGAGUUUAAAGGAAAAGGCCGCUGGAUUCAGUGGAAUGAUGCCAUCAAGAAUGUCAACCUCGGGGACAAAAACACCAAAGUGCAAGAGAUCAUUGUUCCCACCAUAGACACUGUUCGCUACACGUACCUGUUGGACCUCUGCAUCAGCUACGGAGUACCUCUCCUGUUUGUUGGUCCUACUGGCACUGGGAAGUCUGUGUAUGUGAAGGAGAAACUGAUGAACAACUUGGACCAAGAUCGCUAUUUACCCUUCUUCAUCAAUUUUUCAGCCCGCACAAGUGCGAACCAAACCCAGAAUAUCAUCAUGUCCAGGUUAGAUAAGAGAAGGAAGGGAGUGUUUGGGCCCCCCAUGGGAAAGAAGUGUGUCAUCUUUGUGGAUGACAUGAACAUGCCUGCUCUGGAGCAGUUUGGAGCACAGCCUCCUGUGGAGCUUCUUCGACAGUACAUAGACCACGGAAACUGGUAUGAUCUGAAGGAUACCUCCAAGAUCACGCUUGUCGACCUCCAGUUUAUCUCAGCCAUGGGCCCCCCUGGUGGUGGGAGGAAUGCAGUAACACCUCGCUUCCUGCGGCACUUCAACAUUUUUUGCAUCAAUGCCUUCAGCGACGAUACCAUGGUUCGCAUCUUCUCCAAUGUGGUGGACUUCUAUCUCACAAACAAUGUAUUUCCACGUGAAUAUUUCAGCAUUGGCAACAAAAUAGUGACAGCUACAAUGGAAGUGUAUAAGAAAGCCAUGGAGAACUUGCUUCCAACUCCAACUAAGUCUCACUACACAUUCAACCUGCGGGACUUCUCACGCGUUAUCCAAGGCUGCCUGCUGCUGAAGAAGGAGUCUCUGGAGAACAAACGCACUAUGAUACGUUUGUUUGUCCAUGAGGUCUUCCGUGUCUUCUACGAUCGUCUGGUGGAUGACAAAGAUCGAGCAUGGGUCUACAAGCUGAUGAACAGCAUCCUGAAAGAUCACUUCAAAGAGUCCUUCGAUCAGGUGUUUGAUCACCUGAAACAAGGAGAUAGACUGGCAGAGGACGACAUGCGGAAUCUUCUGUUUGGCGACUACAUGAACCCUGACCUGGAGGAUGAUGAGCGCUUGUACGCUGAGGUGCCCUCAGUGGAAAGCUUUGCUCAGGUGGUGGAGUCGUGUCUUGGUGAAUACAACCAGAUGCACAAGAAUCACAUGAACCUCGUCAUCUUCCGCUACGUCCUGGAGCACCUGUCCCGUAUCAGCCGUGUUUUGAAGCAGUCAGGAGGCAAUGCCUUGCUUGUGGGAGUGGGAGGCAGUGGUCGCCAGUCCAUCACACGCCUGGCUGCAUCCAUGGCCCACAUGACCAUGUUCCAGCCUGAGAUCUCCAAGAGCUACUGCAUGACAGAUUGGAGAGAUGAUCUCAAGCUGCAACUGAAAAAUGCCGGGGUGAAGGGGCAGAAGACAGUGUUCCUGCUAACAGAUGCUCAAAUCAAAGAUGAGGCUUUUCUAGAAGAUGUGGACAGUGUCCUGAACACAGGGGAGGUGCCCAAUCUGUUCGCCGUAGAUGAAAAGCAAGAGAUUAUGGAGGCGGUGCGUCCCUUUGCCCAGGCUGGUGAUAAGAAUUUGGAGUUGAGCCCUCUGACCCUGUUCGCUUUCUUUGUGGCACGCUGUAAAGACAACUUGCAUAUCGUCGUGGCCUUCAGUCCCAUCGGGGAUGCCUUUCGAAAUCGACUGCGCCAGUUUCCAUCUCUUAUCAACUGCUGUACCAUUGAUUGGUUCCAGCCAUGGCCAGAGGAGGCUCUUGAGCGAGUGGCCAACUCCUUCCUGGAGUCAUUGGAGAUGAGUGAAAACGAGAGGCAGCAGGUCAUUCCCAUCUGCAAAACGUUCCACACCUCUGCCACACAGCUCUCCGAGAGAUUCCUCUCUGAGCUCGGUCGCCAUAAUUAUGUGACACCCACAUCCUACCUGGAGCUGAUUGCAGCUUUCCAACUGUUACUCACUCAGAAUAGAGAAACUGUCAUGAAGGCAAAACUGAGGUAUACCAAUGGUCUGGAUAAAUUAGCCUUCGCUGAAUCUCAGGUGGGAGAGAUGAAGAAGGAACUGGUAGACCUACAGCCAAAGCUUGAGCAAGCAAAGAUAGACAACAACAAAAUGAUGAAGGUGAUUGAAGUGGAGUCUGUGGAGGUGGAAGCCAAAAGUAAAGUUGUGCGUGUUGAUGAAGAAGCAGCAACUAUAAAAGCCAAUGAGGCUCAGGCUCUGAAGAAUGAGUGUGAGAGCGACUUGGCUGAAGCGAUUCCUGCCCUGGAAGCUGCUCUCUCUGCCUUGAACACUUUGAAGCCCUCUGAUGUCACAAUCGUGAAGUCGAUGAAAAAUCCACCUUCAGGGGUGAAGCUGGUGAUGUCCGCUGUGUGUGUGAUGAAGGACAUAAAGCCAGAUAAGAUAGCUGACCCAGCUGGGACUGGAAAAAAGAUUUUGGACUACUGGGGUCCAAGCAAGAAGCUUCUGGGGGAUAUGAACUUCUUACGAGAUCUUAAAGACUAUGACAAAGACCAUAUUCCUGUCCCAGUGAUGCAAAAAAUCCGCAGUGAAUACAUGACUAAUCCUGACUUUGACCCAAGCAUAGUGGCAAAGGCCUCUUCUGCAGCAGAGGGCUUGUGCAAGUGGAUAAAAGCAAUGGAAGUGUAUGACAGGGUGGCAAAGGUAGUGGCCCCUAAGAAGGCCAAUCUGCAAGAGGCCCAGGAGUCGCUGGCUGCUACCAUGGCCCUGCUGGACCAAAAGAGAGGCGAGCUAAAGGAGGUCGAGGAUCGUUUAGCUGCUCUUCAGAAAACCUUCGAGGACAAGACAGAGGAGAAGGCUCAGUUGGAGUUCCAAGUGGAUUUGUGUGCCAACAAGUUGGAGAGGGCUGCGAAACUCAUUGGUGGUCUGGGUGGAGAGAAGACAAGAUGGUCGAAGGCAGCAGAUGACCUACAGAGCACAUACGACAACCUGACUGGAGAUGUUCUCAUCUCUGCUGGUGUCAUCGCCUACCUUGGUGCUUUUACAGCUGGGUUCAGACAGGACUGCACCAAGUUAUGGACCAAACUCUGCCAAUCUAAGAAGAUUCCAUCAUCAACGGACUUCUCUCUCAGUAAAACCCUGGGAGAUCCCAUUAAGAUCAGGGCUUGGAACAUUGCAGGCCUGCCCAGCGACUCUUUCUCCAUCGACAACGGCGUCAUUGUCAGUAACUCACGUAGAUGGCCCUUGAUGAUUGACCCACAGGGCCAGGCAAACAAGUGGGUGAAGAAUUCAGAGAAAGACAACAACCUGAGUGUAAUCAAGCUGACUGACGGGGACUACAUGAGAACUUUGGAAAACUGUAUUCAAUUUGGAACCCCCUUGCUGCUUGAAAAUGUAGGAGAAGAGCUUGACCCUUCACUAGAACCACUGCUGCUCAAACAAACCUUCAAACAAGGUGGUAUGGAUUGCAUCAGGCUGGGUGAGAGUGUGAUUGAGUACUCCUACGAUUUCCGUUUCUACAUCACCACUAAGCUGAGGAACCCUCACUACCUACCAGAACUGGCCACCAAGGUGUCCUUGCUAAAUUUCAUGAUCACCCCAGAGGGCUUGGAGGACCAGCUGCUGGGGAUUGUGGUUGCCAAGGAGAGGCCCGAGUUGGAGGAGGAGAGGAAUAAACUAAUCCUGCAGUCAGCUGCCAAUAAGAGGCAGCUAAAGGAAACCGAGGACAAGAUCCUAGAGACAUUGUCUUCUGAGGGAAAUAUCCUGGAGGAUGAGAGUGCCAUUCAGAUUCUUGACUCUGCCAAGAUCAUGUCCAACGAGAUUACUAAAAAACAGCAGAUUGCAGAAAAGACAGAGAUUGAGAUAGCCCAGUCCAGGGAGGGUUACAGAUCCAUUGCCAAGCAUUCCUCCGUCCUAUUCUUCAGCAUUGCUGAUCUGACCAACAUAGACCCUAUGUACCAGUACUCUCUGAGCUGGUUUGUCAACCUCUACAUCAACUCUAUACAAGAGAGUAACAAGUCCAAGAUCCUGGAGAGGAGGCUUCAAUACCUGACCAAUCACUUCACCUAUAACCUGUACUGCAACGUCUGUCGCUCUCUGUUUGAGAGGGACAAACUUCUCUUCUCCUUUCUCCUCUGCUCUAAUCUUCUUCUAGCAAAGAAGGAGAUUGAGUACUCUGACUUCAUGUUCUUGCUGACUGGAGGAGUGGGCCUGCAGGAGGCCAUGGCUAACCCUGACCCCAGCUGGCUACAGGACAGGAGCUGGGAAGAGAUUUGUCGAGCCAAUGAACUGCCAGGCUUACGAGGAAUAAAAGAGGCUUUCAUCAAGAGUCCGGCCGACUUCAAGCCCAUUUAUGAGAGCAAAGAGCCAUGCAACGUACCCCUGCCCACACCGUGGUGUGAUCAACUCAAUGACCUGCAGAAAAUGAUCAUUGUCCGCUGUCUCCGGCCCGAUAAGAUGGAGCCAUCUGUGACUAAAUAUGUGUCUGGCCAUCUGGGGAAGAAAUUUGUACAACCCCCUCCCUUUGACCUGAGUAAGAGCUACCUGGACUCCAACUCCACCAUCCCCCUUGUGUUUGUGCUGUCUCCAGGAGCUGAUCCCAUGGCCAGCUUGCUGAAGUUUGCCAGUGACAAGGUCACGGGUGGUGCCAUGUUCCAAUCCAUCUCUCUUGGUCAGGGCCAGGGCCCCAUUGCGGCUAAAAUGAUAUCCACGGCCAUGCAGGAUGGGACAUGGGUGUGUUUACAGAAUUGCCACCUGGCUGUUUCCUGGAUGUCCACCCUGGAGAAAAUCUGCGAGGACUUCAGUCCAACAACAUGCCACCCUGAUUUCCGCCUUUGGCUCACAAGCUACCCUUCACCCAAGUUUCCAGUGACCAUCCUGCAGAAUGGAGUGAAAAUGACAAAUGAGCCUCCUACAGGACUCAGACUCAACCUUCUUCAGUCUUACUUGUCAGAUCCUGUUUCUGACUCCGACUUCUUCAAUAAUUGCCCCAAUAAUAAGGAGCUGAUUUGGGAAAAGCUCCUGUAUGGACUUUGCUUUUUCCAUGCACUUGUUCAGGAAAGAAAGAAGUUUGGUCCACUGGGCUGGAACAUUCCCUAUGGCUUCAAUGAGUCUGACCUCCGCAUAAGCAUCAGACAGCUACAGCUGUUUGUGAACGAAUACGAUGAGGUGCCCUUUGAGGCCAUAUCUUAUCUGACCGGGGAGUGUAACUACGGUGGCCGUGUGACAGACGACUGGGACAGGCGGCUCCUGCUGACCAUCUUGGCAGACUUCUACAACAAGGACGUCAUUGAGAAACCUCGCUACCCUUUCUCACCUAGUGGUGAUUACCACACCCCACCUAAGUCUAGCUAUGAGGACUACCUUGAAUUUAUCAAGGAACUUCCAUUGGGCCAACAUCCAGAGGUUUUCGGGAUGCACGAAAAUGUCGACAUUUCGAAAGAUCUCCAGCAGACGAAGUUGCUGUUUGAUUCACUUCUUCUCACCCAGGGCGGUGGCGCCAAAGGAGGGUCGGGCUCUGGGAGCGACAACACACUCUACGACAUAGCAAAUGACAUCCUCACCAAGCUCCCAGGUAAUUUCGACAUAGAGGCAGCUCUCCUGAAAUUUCCGGUGCUCUACGAGGAGAGUAUGAACACCGUCCUCGUCCAGGAAAUGGAGCGCUACAACACGCUGUGUAGUGUGAUCCGUGUGAGUCUACAGAACCUGCUCAAGGCCAUUAAGGGUCUGGUGGUGAUGGAUGCAGAGCUGGAGGCUGUUGCAAGCAGUCUGACAGUGGGCAAGGUCCCAGAGAAAUGGGCUAAGCGCUCCUACCCGAGCCUCAAACCCUUGGGCAGCUACAUCACAGACUUUCUCUCAAAAUUGAAGUUUCUGCAGGACUGGUACGACUCCUGUAAGCCCAACGUGUUCUGGAUCUCUGGCUUCUUCUUCACUCAGGCCUUCCUAACUGGGGCUAUGCAGAACUACGCCAGGAAAUACCAUGUCCCCAUUGACCUGCUAAUUUUUGAUUUUGAGGUUCUUUCUAUCAAUGAGACGGACACAUCACCUGAGGACGGUGUUUACAUUAAUGGAUUGUUUCUGGAUGGAGCUCGGUGGGACAAAGAAAGUGGUGUUCUGGCUGAGCAGUUCCCCAAAGUCCUGUUCGACACGAUGCCCAUCAUCUGGAUAAAACCCAAUGAGAAGAAGGGCACUGAUCAGCCUCAGAAGCUGUACGUUUGCCCUCUCUACAAGACCAGUGAGAGAAAGGGAACCCUCUCUACCACAGGCCACUCCACCAACUUUGUCUUCUCCACGAUGUUGCCCACGAGCAGAGCCCCUCAACACUGGAUCAAGCGCGGCGUGGCAAUGCUCUGCCAGCUCGAUGACUGAAAUUGGACUGUUGAAGAAGACCGGAGCACUUUCCUGUGGAACAUUAAACACUUUGAUGCCUCUCUGGAUACUCAGUUCCUUAACAAUGCAACACAAUUAAAUGUAAUCUUUGUCUUUGACCAAGAAGUAUGUUCCAAACUGUUGAUAUAGUAUUGAUGUGAUCACUGGACAAAAGCGCAGCUAAAUGAAUGUAAUGUCAUGUAUUCAUGUGGAUAUCUACGGUGAGGUGAAGUCAUAUUUGCAUCAAACACCAUGAUUUUUCAAAAGAAUUAAAUAAAUUCAACAAACAUAAA